GGAGAGAGUGGCGACCGACUUCCUGAAUCGCUGGGCAACUCAGGAAGAGAGCUCAACCCCUGCUGCGCCAAGAUGUCUGGAGGAUCAGCCAGAAGCCUGGGGAAGGGAAGUGCGCCCCCGGGGCCGGUCCCCGAGGGCCUGAUCCGUGUCUACAGCAUGAGAUUCUGUCCUUUCGCCCAGAGGACUCUCCUGGUCCUGAAUGCCAAGGGAAUCCGGCAUCAAGUCAUCAACAUCAACCUGAAAAAUAAGCCUGAGUGGUUCUUCCAGAAGAAUCCCUCAGGUCUGGUGCCAGUUCUGGAAAACAGUCAGGGUCAACUGAUCUAUGAAUCUGCCAUCACUUGUGAGUACCUGGAUGAAGCAUAUCCAGGGAAGAAGCUGUUGCCAGAUGACCCCUAUGAGAAAGCUUGCCAAAAGAUGGUCUUUGAGUUGUCUUCUAAGGUACCGCCUUUGCUAAUACGCUUUAUUAGAAGGGAAAAUGAGGCAGACUGCUCUGGCCUAAAAGAAGAAUUACGUAAAGAAUUCAGCAAGCUAGAGGAGGUUCUGACCAAAAAGAAGACAACAUACUUUGGUGGAAGUUCUCUUUCUAUGAUUGAUUACCUCAUCUGGCCCUGGUUUGAAAGGCUGGAAGCCCUGGAGUUAAAUGAGUGUAUAGACCACACUCCAAAACUUAAGCUCUGGAUGGCAGCCAUGAUGAAAGAUCCGGCGGUGUCAGCCCUCCACAUUGAACCGAGAGACCUUCGAGCUUUCAAUGACCUCUACUUGCAGAACAGCCCAGAGGCCUGUGACUAUGGGCUCUGAUGGGGACAGGAGUCAGCAACUAUGAUGUACCUGAUAUUUUCCUUCCCUAAAUAUGAAUAAUAAACAUGUGAAAUAAAAA